AAGUAGAGAGGUUGUGAUGGGUCUGCAAACAUGGAUAUGCUUCACACUAUUCUCAAUUUUCUUCUUCCUCCUCUUACUAUCAGUUUUCUCGUCCUAUUUUACCCAUUUUAUCUUUUUACCAAACUUAUGAGUUGUCUUAAGCACCUUCACUUUGAAAACGUUACUGGGAAAGUAGUUCUAAUCACCGGAGCUUCCUCCGGCAUCGGAGAGCAUGUGGCAUACGAGUACGCAAAGAAAGGAGCAAAAUUAGCUCUUGUUGCUCGAAGAAAGGAUCGUCUAGAGAUUGUAGCAGAAACAUCACGUCAAUUAGGAUCUGGCGAUGUCAUCAUCAUACCUGGUGAUGUUUCUAAUGUUGAGGACUGCAAGAAGUUCAUCGACGAAACGAUUCAUCAUUUCGGAAAACUGGACCACCUGAUCAACAAUGCUGGAGUACCUCAAACUGUUAUAUUCGAAGAUUUCACACAAAUUCAAGACGCUAAUUCUAUAAUGGAUAUCAACUUUUGGGGCUCAACGUACAUCACUUAUUUUGCUAUUCCUCAUCUUCGAAAAAGCAAAGGAAAAAUUGUUGUGAUUUCUUCUGCUACGGCAAUUAUACCUUUGCAAGCGGCAAGCGUCUAUUCAGCAAGCAAAGCAGCUUUAGUAAAAUUCUUUGAAACAUUAAGAGUUGAGAUCAGUCCCGAUAUCAAAAUAACAAUCGCUCUUCCCGGAUUUAUAUCUACGGAUAUGACCACUCCUCAGUUUAAAGAAAUGUAUGGUUCAGAUUUCAUACUUUCGGAAUCAGUGAGUCGAUGCGCAAAAGCGAUCUUCAGAGGUAUUGGUAGAGGAGAGGCAUACGUCAUAGAGCCAUCUUGGAUAAAAUGGAUCUUUUUGAUAAAAAAUGUUUGUCCUGAGAUCGUUGACUACUUACUCGACUAUAUAUUUGUUAGUUAUCUAAAACCUUAUUUCAAGCGUGAUUGAUCAUAUCGAUCUAUCCAAGUUCUCUCUGGUUUUCAACUGUGGUUGUGUUGUCAUUAUGGCCAUGAAACUUAUACUUUAUGUUGUAUUAGUUAUUGCACUAAGUCUUGGCCUUUUUCCCUUUCUUCGUAUAUGUUUCAAUUUGUUUUAGAACCAAACAUUUCAUAUAGAUAGAGGAUUUCUUAAUUAUUUAAUAAAGAUGAUUCAAAUGUAUAUAAUUGUUCAACUAGUUCAGUUCGCUUCCAAAAAAACAGCGACGUCUUCUCUCUCACGGCGAUAAAAACAGAGAACCUUCCAUUUGUUUCUUUGAGCGCGUGACCGGCGCGUGGCGGCUUAGUUAGCGCCGGCGUCGGUCCUCCAGUCUGGUUUUCUUUAGGGUUUCAUUCUCUACUUAGUCUGGUUCGUUUUUAGAUCCUGAUUUGAUGUUGGCAAGGUGAAGAAUUUUUGGAUCUUAGAUCUGUAAGAGCCAUCGUUGUGGGCUUUGAUUCGUCGAAGGUUUUGUGCGAUCGGAACUCCCUUUUCUCUGUUUUGAGAAAAUUAUGGGUUUCUCCUUUGUUCUUGCAGAUCUUGUUUCCGACGAAGGUUGCAAACGAAAGUUAUGACGGCGGCUAAUGUUAUUGGUGGUCUGGCUCCUUCUUUGGGAUAGGGUGGCAACGGUACACCGGUAUUUUAGUGUUAGUUGUCUCAUAAUUGGGUUUUGCGCUUUCGUUAACCUUGUUCUCUUCAUUUCUCUUUUGGGUUCCUAUCCUUUAGUCUUCAUUGUUGGCUUGUUGGUAGCGUUUAUGGAAUCAACUUUAUUCUCAGUCUUUUGUGGUCUAGUAUCUUGAACUCUUGCCUAUUCUAUGUCCUGCCGAGUUUGCUUGUUUCUCGAUCCGAUUCGUUCUCUUGCCGUCUCCAGUCUUCGGUUUGUUGCGAAUUGUAUGGGCUCGGUCCUUGUCUCUACGGUUUAGACUUGAUCGAGGUCUCUCUUUUGCAUUGGUGUCUUACUAGGCGUGAACCAAUCUUGGUUUUGUUUGCUUCGAUUUCGCCGUUUCCAGAAGUUGUGUGGGAUUUCUAGUCGUCUCCCAUUCUUGCUGGUAUGGAUGCUUUGGUUCUCUUUAUUUGUGAGGUAGUCUUCAUUUGGUAUAGGAAGAGUCGCUAUCCGGUGUCGUGGAUUUUCUCGUCUCCAUUGGCUAGCCACUAAUUCAAGCGUUUCUCGUUUUUGGAUUGAUAAUUUGCAAGAUGUUUGGUGCUAGAUUCUGAGUUAUGAGUUUUAAUUCCCUCUGAUGUUUGCUUUCUUAGCCGUCAGUGUUUUGACUUGUUUCUUUUGUAGUGUUGUUAUUUGCUCCCCAUUUUCUUGGACUUAGUUUCCUAGGAUAUCUUGUUAUCCUUCGGGUUAGUUUUCGGGAUCAUGUAUUGAUCGUCGACUCCUUGUAUUUCACCUAGUACUCAUCAAUGAAAAUUAAUCUUCCAGUGAAAAAAAAAAAAUGUAUAUAAUUGUUAUGGAAUUUCUGUGUCCAGUCCAUAUUAAGCUUUUUACAUAUAUAUAUAGCAUCGACCGCGAAGUCCGUAACACCAUCUCUUCUAGAAGACUCGGAUUUCAUUGGCAGAGGCGUAUGCUCCUUUGGAUCUGAUAGUUAAAACACCAAAUCUUGUGUAACUUUCUUGUAUA